CCUGCGCAACACGGGUCGCUUUUUCUCCCUUGGUAACGGAACCCAACCUAGCCGGUCCCUGCCUCUCGGCUUUGCUGGCGGUCGCCCUCUCCUUCCCUGCUUUCUUUCCGGUUGACCGUCGCCGCUAUGCAGGGGGAGGAUGCUCGGUACCUCAAAAGAAAGGUAAAAGGAGGAAAUAUUGAUGUACAUCCAUCAGAAAAAGCACUUAUAGUUCAUUAUGAAGUGGAAGCUACAAUUCUUGGGGAGAUGGGAGAUCCUAUGUUGGGAGAGCGUAAGGAAUGUCAAAAAAUCAUUCGGUUGAAAAGUCUCAAUGCAAAUACAGACAUUUCUUCCUUGGCGCGGAAGGUGGUAGAGGAAUGCAAACUUAUUCACCCCUCCAAACUGGCUGAGGUGGAACAAUUACUCUAUUACCUGCAAAAUCGCAGAGACACCUCAUCUGCCAAAGAAAAGAAAGAAAAAUCCAGUAAACCUAAAGAUCCACCACCAUUUGAAGGGAUGGAGAUUGAUGAAGUAGCUAAUAUUAAUGACAUGGAUGAGUACAUUGAAUUGCUAUAUGAAGAUAUCCCUGAUAAAGUUCGUGGCUCUGCACUUAUUCUGCAGCUGGCCAGAAAUCCUGAUAACUUAGAAGAACUCCUCCUUAAUGAAACAGCACUGGGUGCUUUGGCCAGGGUUCUGCGAGAAGACUGGAAGCAAAGUGUAGAACUUGCUACUAAUAUAAUAUAUAUAUUCUUCUGCUUUUCCAGCUUUUCUCAGUUUCAUGGACUGAUUACACACUAUAAAAUUGGAGCUCUUUGCAUGAAUAUCAUUGAUCAUGAGCUAAAGAGGCAUGAACUAUGGCAAGAGGAACUUACCAAGAAGAAGAAAGCUGUUGAUGAAGAUCCUGAAAAUCAAACACUGAAAAAAGAAUAUGAAAAAACUUUUAAAAAAUACCAAGGUCUGGUGGUUAAGCAAGAACAACUACUUCGAGUUGCUCUUUAUUUGCUGCUAAAUCUUGCUGAGGAUACACGGACUGAAUUAAAGAUGAGGAACAAGAAUAUUGUCCAUAUGUUGGUGAAAGCUCUUGACCGAGAUAACUUUGAACUGUUAAUACUGGUUGUAUCGUUUCUGAAGAAACUCAGCAUCUUUAUGGAAAACAAAAAUGAUAUGGUUGAAAUGGAUAUAAUUGACAAACUAGUGAAAAUGAUACCAUGUGAACAUGAAGAUCUUCUGAACAUUACUCUUAGACUUUUACUGAACCUUUCCUUUGAUACAGGGUUGAGAAAUAAGAUGGUGCAAGUUGGACUUCUUCCAAAACUCACUGCGUUGUUAGGAAAUGAAAAUUAUAAACAAGUGGCUAUGUGUAUUCUCUAUCAUAUAAGCAUGGAUGAUCGUUUUAAAUCAAUGUUUGCUUAUACUGACUGUAUACCUCAGCUAAUGAAGAUGCUGUUGGAAUGUCCCGAUGAACGUGUUGAUCUGGAACUCAUUUCCUUCUGCAUUAAUUUAGCUGCUAACAAGAGGAAUGUACAACUAAUUUGUGAAGGAAAUGGGUUGAAGAUGUUGAUGAAAAGAGCACUGAAAUUCAAGGACCCAUUGUUAAUGAAGAUGAUUAGAAACAUAUCUCAACAUGAUGGACCAACUAAAUCUUUAUUUAUUGAUUAUGUUGGUGAUCUGGCUGCUCAGAUAUCUAAUGAUGAAGAGGAGGAAUUUGUGAUAGAAUGCUUAGGAACAUUGGCUAAUUUGACCUUAUCUGAUUUGGACUGGGAACUUGUGUUAAAAGAAUACAAAAUGGUACCAUAUCUGAAAGAUAAAUUAAAGCCAGGUUCAGCAGAAGAUGAUCUUGUCUUGGAAGUGGUGAUAAUGAUUGGGACUGUAUCAAUGGAUGAUUCCUGUGCAGCGCUGCUAGCUAAAUCAGGAAUUAUUCCAGCACUUAUUGAAUUACUGAAUGCUCAGCAGGAAGAUGAUGAGUUUGUGUGCCAAAUCAUUUAUGUGUUUUACCAGAUGGUCUUCCAUCAAGCCACUAGAGAUGUCAUCAUCAAAGAGACUCAGGCUCCUGCAUAUCUUAUAGACUUAAUGCAUGAUAAAAAUUCUGAAAUCCGUAAAGUCUGUGAUAAUACACUGGAUAUAAUAGCAGAGUAUGAUGAAGAGUGGGCUAAGAAGAUACAAAGUGAGAAAUUCCGAUGGCACAAUUCUCAGUGGCUAGAAAUGGUGGAAAGCCGGCAAAUGGAUGAAAAUGAGCAAUACCUGUAUGGGGAUGACCGUAUUGAGCCCUAUAUUCAUGAAGGAGAUAUUCUAGAAAGACCUGAUCUUUAUUACAGUGCUGAUGGAUUAAUAACACAUGAUGGAGCAAUAAGUCCUGAUUUCUUCAGUGAUUACCAUCUUCAGAAUGGAGAUCUUGUGAACCAGCAUCCUUUCUCUGGCAGUGUUGCAAUGGAUGGAUUUGGCCAGCCCAUAGGUAUUCCAAGCCGCCCAACUACUGCUUAUGGGUAUCGACCAGAUGAACCUUACUACUAUAACAACUUUGGAUCCCGAUAAAGCAAUCUACUAUAUUAAACUUCCUGUAUUGUUGAAUUGUGUCGUAAUUAGGGCAUUUUUUGCUAUUAUCAAUGCAUGAUGCUACUGUUUACCUGACUGUGAUACAUGCUUGUUGUUGCCCCAGGAAAAUGUUAGUAAUUCAAUUCCCUUCCUUCUCCAGCUAUGCAUUAUUUCUGUUGGGGUUUUUUCCCCCCCAGAUGUUGGAAUCUAUUAACUGGAAAGUUAAUGUUAUGUAUAUUGAGCAAUUAAUUUAAUUACCUUAAAAAUAGACUGAGUGAUUGUUACACUGUAUGCCUAGGGUCCAUGAGUUAAACUAAUAUGACUUGUUUUUGAAUAAAAAUUUAAUUGAUGUAUAAAAGAUAUAACUGGUUUAUACUUU